AUGUUUAAUGAUUCACUUAAGCCUCUACUUCAACUUUUUGCACGUCUUGCCUGGUACAAUAUUGGCUAUAUCGAUUGGGAAUCAUGGUUAGCACAGGAUUAUACAAAAGAGGCUGCUGAGGCUUGUCAAUAUUUGGCCAUGCUUCGACCAGAAUCUAUUGUGUCACCAAUUGUUGAUAAACUUCUCUUAUCCAUCGACAAUCUAAUAGAAGCACAUCGUUUUACAUCACUUAUGCACUGUCUCAAACGUAUGACUCGUCAAUUAGUACGGCAAACAUCGUCCUAUUUCCAAGGACAAACUUAUAUUCUACCAUUACUCAUGUCAGUAUUACCCGGUAUUGAUUUAAAUGAUUUUGAAAAGACAUCAAUGACAUUGGACUUUUUCGAUGCUAUUUUCAUGUUAAUCUCAUGUGUCGAUUGCUCAUCAGCGGUACACACUCGAAAUGAUCUCAAUGAGGAUUCUUAUGAAGCUAUUGCUAAAGCAAUUCAAAAUUUACUUCGAUCACUUUUGAAUAUUUAUCCAAUGAAUUAUCGUCUUACUCGAGAACAACUUGACGAACCAUUCAUUGAUUUCUUACCUAUUCGAAUCUGUGUCUUGUCAUGUGAAUACAAUGGUGUAUUUUCUACUGAUGUUUCUCAAAUGCGAAAUGAUGUUCAAUUGAUAAGAACAUUAUUUCGAAAUGAAAUCAUUGGUGAACGAGAUAAUCCAUGUGCUUUAAUAAUCAAUCAAAUUGAACUACAAAUUGAAGAAUUUGAAUUAAAUAAUUUUCGAAUAUUGACUGAAAUCGACAAACAAAUCGAAUUAAAAUUAUUCGAUUUAUCUAUCAAUCGAUAUAGUGAAGGUUGUUUGUAUAUUCUUUUCGGUAAUAAUCAUUGUUUCUUGCCAACAAAACAUUCAUGGACAAUGAUGAACAAAUUGUGGCCAUUAAUUGUUCGUCGAAGUUAUUCAAAAAAAAUCAGUAUCGAACGUUUGAUUCAAGAUUUGAAGAAACAAAUUGAAAAACAAUUUGUUACAAUUGCACUCAUCGAUAAUACAAAUCAGACAUCUGAACAUGCGGCAAUUGCACUAUGGCGUCCAUUAGAACCAAAUGAAAUAGAAAUUGGCAUAAAAAUUCGUGAAAAACGUCAUCAAACGAAUAUUCAAUCAUACAAUCAUCUGAUCGAUACACUUUGUUCACUACUCAAUGAUGAAACAUCAACAUGGGGACAAAAAAAGAUGGCCAUGUCAUUUUUAUGUCUACUUCUUCAAAAACAUGUAUCAAUACCGUCAUCAUGUAUUGAAACUUGUCUUAAUUUUCUCAUUCAUGAUAAUAUUGAAUUACGAAAGCAUGCUGUCAAAGCUAUUGCAGCAUUUUGUCGUUUACAAAAACUACCUCGAAUUUAUGUUGAAAAAUCUCUUGACGAAAUUCUGAAGUUCAAUGAUCAAUUGCAACCAGGUGAUCGUGAUGAUAAUUUAUGGAUAACAUAUAAUAAUUAUAAAUUGCCUGAACUACAAACUGAAUGGGAAGAAACAUGCUUCUUAGAUAAAAGGCAUCAUGGUUAUUAUCAAUGGCGAAAGUUGAUCAAAUAUCCAAUAAAUAAACGUGAACGUUACAAUCCUGAUCGAAUGCCAAAACAUGUAUCAAUUAUUUUUGAUCGUUUUCUUGACAAAAAUUUCAUAGUAAAAUUAACUAAAGUUAUCAUAUUUGAUGAACGCGAGAUUGAAUUCAAUAAACUUCGAUUUUUAAUGUACAAGGGUCUCUUUCGUAAUUUCGGACUGGCAUUUGUUGACAAUUUCAUCGAACAAUUGUACUUACUCAUUCGUGAAAAGAUACAAGAGAAAUACGAAGGUAGUCAUCGUGCAGCAUCCGAAAUUAUAGCCGGUAUAAUUCGUGGUUCGAAAUAUUGGACAUUAGAAAUGUUAGAUGAACUUUGGCAAAAAUUAACGCCAUUUCUCACUGAAGUUAGCAAUAAUCUUAAUCAAGAAAGCUAUUUACAUUGGGGUUCUUGUUUUCGAUACUGUUUAAACGAUACAGAUCCUCGUCGAAUGUGUCGACCAAUUAAUUUCAUUUAUAAACUAAUCGAUCAGCAUUCAACAGCUUAUACAUUUAAUGAAGCAUCUCGAUGGUAUCUUGUUCAAAGUCUUCGAGUUUUACAAUGGCGUAUUCCAUCAAUAUGGUGUUCAAUUCAUGAAUACGCUAAAGAAUUACUCGAUCAUUCAUCGAAAUGGAUACGAGAACGUAUUGCUGUUAUAUUAGCGAUGUCAUUUGGACUUGAUCUGAAAUUAUUUGAUGGAAAAUCAGCACGUCAUCCGAAUACUGAUCAAUUCAGCGAAAGGAUACGUGAACGAUUGCGUCAAGCUAUUGAUAUUUAUGAAAGUAAACCAUUGGUAAAUAUUUCCGGUUCAAGUGUUGAGCUUGAUGUCGAAGCUCGUCAAGCAUUAAAUUUAAUUGAAACAGGUAAAAUUAUUCUAUUCAAAAAUCAACUAUUUUCUUUGGAUAUAAUUUAG